CUAUUAUUAUUUCCUGCAUCUACACAAGAUAACAUGAUAGGAAAAUCAUCUAAAAAAUGUCACAUGGGGCUCAAAAAAAGAUAUCCGAAGGAAGAUUUGUUGCAUCACUGCUUUAGGAAGGGUGGUGAAACGUCCAAACUUCUCUUCAUUGAGUUCAUCAAACUUACCUUCAAAGCAUCAUUCUACUUUACAGAAUCAACAUGCCCCAUAUAAGAAUAUGUGAUAUGCGUAUCAAUUCUUUGUUUUACUGCUGCAGCAGCAUGUUCCUUGAUUGUUUUUUCUUCCAACUUCUCGUACAAGAGAUCAUGAAUCCACGAGUACAUCUAGGACUAACAAUCUUGUCCACCAUCGAUGGAAGACGUGCCUAUGCUAACCGUGCAAUUGAAAGUGACAACCGUGCUGAACGAGGUAUUGUGGUGUUCUGGUGGUUUGCAAUCCUUCAGAUGUUGUUCUUGCAGAUAGCAUCAACAUGGCUAGAUUGGAGGAAGAUUUAGUCCAUAACAUGUACUUGGGAUUGCAAUUUGUAAAUAGAACAAGUUGUAUUACAUCUUUUAUAUUCUAUUUCUUAAGCUACUUGAGUGCUCC